GGCGCGAAACGCAGCCAUGGUUUUGUAUUAGUUAAAGUUCCGAACUUUACGAGAUACCUUUCAUUCUGUUUAUCUCCAGAUAACGAACGAAACCCUAGAUCCCCUUUUCCUCAUCUUAAUUUUUCUUCUUCCUUCGUUCUCUCUAACAAGAAAAAGAAACGAAAUUUCACAACUUCACUCAUCAGGUUCUUCUGGUCAAAUCGAUUUCAAGGUGUUUAUGGAGUCUAAACAUGAAGAAGAUGUGUUAUCCAAACAAAAACAUGAUGAAGAUGGAAAAAAACAAGGUUCAUUAGACGGGGAAAAUGGAGAUAUUGAGCAUAAAAUGAUGCAUUCAGAAGAAACAGAAACUGUAAUUAUUAACUCAGAAUCACAUUCAAGAUUAUCGUCGUCUUCUUCAUCUUCGUCGUCUUCUUCUUCUUCGUAUUUAUCGCCACCGAAAGAUCUACCUGAAGAGGUAAAAGAAUCAUUGAAUGAUCCGGAGAUUUCUUCACCACCUGUUCAAGUAAUGGAUAGAGAUAAUAAUAACGGAAAAUAUGACCCGAAUAGGAUUCCAUCUUCGGUUUUCGAGAGAAGCAAAUCGAAUAUACCAGCUGAAUGGAGCUGCACUUCGAACGAAUCUCUCUUUAGUAUUCAUCUAGGACACAACAGUUUCACUGGUUAUGGUGGUGAUUUGAUGAAAUCAGGGGAACUCUAUAAAUCGGGAGAGUUACUAGCGUAUAGUCCUGGACUUCCUAUGCCUCCUCCACCAGGAUCAGAACCAAAACCCGUCGAAAAAACCGAAAGUUGUUGAUUCAGAUAAGAAAGUGGAAGUUGUACU